ACUUCCUUAAUUGUUUUGUUUACUUCUUCGGCGGUUCAAUUUUUAAUUGAUUUUGCGGCAUGGCGCUGCUUAGAAAAGGGACAAACAGCUUGUUCGGAAGCUUCCGACGCUUCGCCAGCAGUGGUUGCACCAUCUACAGCUUGAGUUCCGGUCAUGUCAAGUGCGGCGUUUCCGUUAUACGGGUCUCUGGCCCACAGACAAAGAAGGCGCUCCGGGCCAUUGUUGCCAAUAAAGAGUACGAGCCAAAGGCCCGUCAGGCGUACCUGAAAUCCUUUUUUCAUCCUGCCAGCAAGGAAAUGAUUGACCGUGGCCUGCUACUCUGGUUUCCUGGACCAGCCUCUUUUACUGGCGAAGAUUCCUGCGAGUUCCAGGUACACGGUUCUCUGGCCGUAAUUGCCGCCAUGCUGGAUGCCCUGGGCAAGGUAGAUGGUCUUAGGCCAGCCCAGCCGGGGGAAUUCACAAAAAGAGCGUUUUUCGGUGGCAAACUAGAUUUGACAGAGGUGGAGGGACUGGCGGAUCUCAUUCAUGCCGAAACAGAGGCCCAAAGAAAGCAAGCCUUGCUGCAGAGCACCGGCGCUCUAGCCCGCCUGUACGACAAUUGGCGCCGAAGACUCAUCCGCUGUGCCGCCCACCUGGAGGCCUAUAUUGACUUUGCCGAGGAUGAGCAGAUUGAGGGCGGCGUCAUCCUGCAACUCAGCAAAGAACUGAAAGCGGUGAGGCGCGAUAUAGUUGAACAUCUUAGUGACCAGCGGCAAGGCGAGCUUCUGCGCGAUGGUGUCCGCACCGUGAUCAUUGGAGCUCCCAAUGUGGGCAAGAGCAGUCUGCUCAAUUUGCUCUGCCAAAGAUCCAUCUCUAUAGUCACAGAUCAGGCCGGAACGACAAGAGACAUCAUAGAAACAAUGCACAAUUUCGGAGGAUACCCCGUUGUAUUUUCGGAUACGGCGGGACUACGACGAGAUACUACGGAUAGUAUAGAACAGGAGGGCAUGCAGAGGGCCAAGGCCUGUCUGGCCCAAUCGGAUUUGAUAUUGCUCCUAGUGGAUGCCAAGAAUGUUAUAAAACUGACGCACAACGACUCUGUGCCGCAGUUUGUGGAUAACUACCUAAACGAACUGGAUAUUCCUUUGGACUUGUGCAAUGGUAAAAGACUUCAGCUGGUGGCCAACAAAACGGACACGCUGUCGGAGGAGGAGUUCCAGCAACUGGACAAACUCUCUAAUAUUUUACCCAUAUCAUGCCAUAAGCCCGAUAAAAUGCCUGUAUUUCUGGGCAGCCUGGAAAAGCAGCUGCAAGAACUGUGCGGCGAGCCCAGGGCGGAGAACCCGCGCAUCACAAACACACGCUACCGACAGCAACUGGAGCGCUGCAUCCAGCACAUCGACAUAUUUCUACGAGAUUACAGACCCGAUGUUUACCCUGACUUGGCUAUUGCGGCCGCCAAGCUGCGCAACUCCGUGCGUUGCAUCGAACGCAUCACCGGGCAUGUGAGCUGCGAAGAUAUACUCGACGUCGUGUUCAAAGAUUUCUGCAUUGGAAAAUGACUUGAUAAUAAUAGUUUAAUUAAGUUAGGCUCAAAGAUUGUAAUGUAAUACUGCCCGUUCGUUGAGUAUUUAAUAAAUGAGAACUUUUAAGUC